AUGAAGACGUAUUGGCCAGAGUACAAGCCAGGGAAGCGAAAAACUGAUUUGUGCGAUCAUUGCGAAUGCUUCCGCAAGAAAAUCGUUCCUCGCACAAAGGAGUUCCUCAUGCGUGCCAAGAGAGACUUAGAGGAAGUUUGUCCCGGCUACUGGGAGCCUGUCCUCAAGAAGCCUCGCUACCGGGGCAUUUUUGCACAGAGUGCAGACUUGUCUCUCUGCACACGGCUGCUGGGCGAAGUCGUGAAUUCCGUGCACGAAAGAAGGUUUAGGGCAGUGCGGCAGGCAGCGCCAGAAAGCGAACGCAUCCCACACGUGGAGGGGGCAUUGCGACGAGAAGCAGCUCUACACAAAGAAAUUGUCGAUUCCUACAACUGGCACCUAGCCGCUGCGCAGCUGGAACAGUCCAACAUGCGGCUGACUGCGGCAAACCUCGGUCCCAACCGGGCUUACUGCCACUGUGAUUAUAUGGAGAAGUUGCCAAUUCCAUUGUCGGGGUCAGAGACAUCCGGCCAAUUCCACGGUGCUCAAAGGAAAACUUUAUCGGUUUUCGCAAUGUAUGCAGUCGAAGCUGACGCCCAGGGGCGCCGAACCACAACAGCCAUCAUCCUCUUGAGCGAGAUCUUGGAACUCAGCGCUCUCUUCGGCAGCCUCUGCGUACACGAAGCUCUCACACACAUCAAGAACAUUGGCCAUCUCGAAGAACUCAUCUUGGGUUUCGACGCCGGAAACCAUUUCCGAUCUUACGAGAACAUGUACCAUUUUCUUUAUAAAUAUCCGAAAAUGGGCCAAUUAACUCGCCUGAACUACCUCGUCGAGAAACAUGGCAAGGUGUUUUGUGAUUCCGAGGUCUUCAGUCCCAUUAGGAGAUGGUUGGACGACUUCCUGCAGCACCCAGAUUCGUUCGCAGAUGACGAAGAGCAGGUGGCCGCCGUGCUUCGCAAGUACGCGCGCCGAGAACAGCAACAAAAUCCCGAUGGAACCAAAUUUAUCAUCAAGACCUUUAGCCCUGACAAGCCCCGCAUGAGCCACUACUUGCAGAUGGAUGCGGAUUCGGACAUGGUCACUCGCACAUACUCUUGGGAGGGCAAGCCAACAGGGAACGCGCGGUUCCCGGUGCGCAUUUCGAACUGCGUCUUCAGCCACAGCAGCAUUCGCGAUCAUGCCCCGUUUUCUGUGUGCGAUAAGCCAGUGCCAGAGGCCACUUGGAAGAAGGGGUAUUGGCAGGACCCUACGUGGCGAAGACCUGCGAUCGAGCCAGGCGAGACCAACGAAAUACUGAAGAAGUAUCGCGCGCAGCUCGCGGCAUGUGGCUCCGAGAUUGUCCCGCCGAGCAAGCGUACUCUUCAGUUUGACGAAAUGGCUGCCCGGGACGAGCAGCGUCUCCUGCGGGCCCUGGCGAACAGCCGCCGCAAGAGGCAGGCUGAAAAGGAGGGCCGAACGCAGCCCGACAUGGAUGCUUCCGAUCUGGACAUUUGA